AUGGCGCGCAUCCACCGCGGCUUCAAGUCCGCCUUCGCGGAGAACCACCGCCUCGCCGACGGCACCUUCCACAAAUACGGCAUGUCGCUGCGCGGGUUCCUGCACCACGCGCGCGCCGUCGCGCUCUCGCUGGACGGGCACCACCGGAACGAAGAGGCCAACAUCUUCCCCGUGCUCGCACGCACACACCCGGCGUUCGCGCGCUCGUCCGCACACGUUGCGUCGCACCGCGUCAUCCACGACGGGCUGGAGCGAUACAAUGCCUAUCUGGACAAAGCGAGCGCGGAUCCGGGGAGCUACAAUGCCGCCGAGUUCCGCGCGGUUAUCGACAGCUUUAAGGAGCCCAUGGAGAAACACCUCGACCAGGAGGUGCGCGACCUUGAGCCGUCUACGCUUAGACUUAUGGGCGUCACGGUUGAGGACCUCAAGCGCCUCCCGUUCUAA